CUGUUUCAGACAUGGAUCUCCGGUGUACUAUACAACUUCACGACACACUUUGUUCGUGGUACCGUUGGCGCUCCCAAGGCAGUUUUCACCGAUUUGGUCGAAUACAUUAUCAAGAAAAACAACUAUGAGGUUGGCAAAUCCAAGCUGUUCAUCUCUCCUGAUCAGAUGAAUCCGUUCACUUCUUGUUACAACAGCGAUUGCCACGUUAACGCUAUCUGUACACCACUCGGAAAGGGAUACAGCUGCCAAUGCCCGAAUGGCUACCGCGAUUUGAACCCCUCACAUCCGGGACGACAAUGCCUCGCCUACGUGGGAGUCAACGAGUGUGAGAAACCGGAACUCAAUGAAUGCUCACCGGAUGCACGUUGUAUUGACCUGGAUUACCUUUACAAAUGCGGAGUGAUAUCACCGUAUGUAAACGCAGCUCCUGAGGGUGCAGUGCCUGGCUCGAUUUGUACCAUUGAUUACUGCUCCGAUGUACAUUACUGCCCAUUGAACUCGACCUGCAAGAAUGUCGGCGAUCAGGCCAAAUGCGAUUGUAACCCAGGCUUCGUCGAUCUGCGCAAAUCCGACAGGCUAUCUGAGGCUGGACUCGGUGAUGCGAUCUGCAUGCGACAUACGGAUGUGAACGAAUGUGCCCUUGGACUGCAUAACUGCAGUGCUGCUGCGAUUUGCACGGAUUUAAAGAAUGGCUACGAAUGCAAGUGUCCUGAUGGCUAUACCGAUGGUAAUCCGCAGAACCUGGCCGAGUAUGUGCGGCAUUGCUCUGCGGUCUGUGCAACGGUCAUGGCGAUUGUAUUCAUGACAGUGUCACCAAUAACGUCACCUGCUCAUGUGUCGACGGCUAUUCCGGACAGUUGCCCCGUCAAAUGCCGGCCUCAUUCUGAUGACGAUUCUGGCUCUGCUCUUCCUACUGCUCACUUUACUGUGCUGCCUGUACCUAUGUGCACGAUGCCGCUGCUUCGGUGGACGAGGUGUAAGCGAAGGCAGUGCGAGCGGCCGUGA